AUGGGAGCAAUUUGUUCUAAACAAAAUAUGAAUAGCAUAUCCAAUCCAUAAAAAAGAGUUAAAUUCGCUACAGUUACCCCAAUGGAUGAUAGUAACGAAGAAUAACAUCAUAUUGGAGUUGAAUUUCAAUACUAGAUUUAAUAAGAUCAACCCAAUUUUCUAAUAAAAAAGUAAAAGUGGGAAGAAUACUUUCAAAAACGUUAAGAUUUCAUUAAUGAUGAACAAUACAUAACACUUUUAAGAUCACCAAAUGUAAUUUUACAAGAUACAAGUAAUCAAAAACCAUAAGAAUAACAAGUCUCAUCAUAGAUCUAAGCUAUUGCCAAGGCAUUACAAGAACCAUUUAAACAUUUUAAUUUAGAUUUAUUUGAUGCAUAUAUAUUGAAAGAGUUAAAUGCUGUUUAAUUCAACGGUUAUCUUAUGGAGGGAACAAUUCCAAAAUUUAGAUGGAAUUGUUGGAUGGCUUAAGUUUAUUAAAAUUCUCAAUAUGACUCAAAUUUAUAUGCUUCUUUAAAAGCUUAAACUUUACCUGAAAAAACUUAAGAUGAUAUAAAAAAGGAUUAAAAUAGAACCUUUACUCGUCAUUAAUAUUUUAAGGAACCUAAUAAAGGGUAGGAAUAACUAGUUUCUGUAUUGCAUGCUUUAUCUAUUUAAUAUCCAGAAAUUGGUUAUGCUUAAGGUAUGAAUUUUGUAGUUGGGUUUUGCUUAAUUAUGAGUGGAGGUAAUGAGGAAGAUGUAUUUUGGUUUAUUAAUUUUAUUAAUUAAAACGAAAGGUUUAAUUGGUGGGAAAUCUAUCGAGGACAAUUUACAUUUGCUUAGAAUCUAUGUUAAAUAUUUUAGGAAAAUUUUUAGAGACAAUUGCCACAGCUGUUUAAUCAUUUCUAAAAGAAUGGAAUAUUUACAUUUUAAUAUUUUUGGUAAUGGAUACUAACCCAAUUUCUGUAUUCAUUUCCUAUUGAAAUUGUGAUAUUCUUUUGGGAUUUCAUUUUAGCUACUGAUAUCUAUUCAAUUCUAAAAAUUGGAUUAGCAUUUUUGAGGGAUAUGGAAAAUGUUUUGGUUGGCUAUGAUUUAACUCAGCUUUCAGAGUAUUUUAGUUAUCAGACCAAGAAACAGAACAACAUAGAUAUUACAGACUUAUUAAAUAAAGCCAAAAAUAUUGAAAUUACUAUGUCAGAAGAAUAAAAAACUGUUAAUGCUAAUUGUAAACCUAAAACACUAAAAUAAUUUUGA